CGUUCUUUCCAAUUGGGCGCUCACCGCGUAAGGACGUGUCCGCGGACUCUUCCUGUGCAAUUCGAACAUUUUGAUAGGAUCGAAAAUGCUUCAUAUGCUCGCACAAGUAGGCGGCAUGCCUGGAGUUUGAACUUGAAACGGUCUGACAGCAGAAUGACGUGUGAAGGAGCGCUGGUUUCGAAUUAUCGCUCGUCCGUUGUAUGAAGAAACCGAUGAUCAAUCGGAAACACCGUCACUUGGAUGGGAAAUUCCAACGCCAAAAGGAACUAUCAUAGUCAUCAGAAAUAUGCUAGUCAGUAUAGCCUUAGUGAUUUACUUGGUGGAAGUUGCGUCACAACAACACAGACCUCAAACGAAGGAGGAAGAUCCUGGUCUCGUGCUUCCCAUAAAAGCUGGACCGCAGGCACUGUACAGGAUACUCAUGGAUCUUCCAAAACAGUAUGGCCAGUACCACGUUUCCAAUCAAUGUUUCUGCCAGAAUUCCCAAUCAAGGAGAUACCUUUGAAGACAGGAUAUAUUUUCCUAAAUGUAAUAGCUAGAGGUGCCUAUGGCAAGGUUUAUAAAGUACAGAAACAGGACAACGGUCAAGUCUUUGCACUGAAAGUUAUCAGCAAAGCAAUGAUUGUUGCUGAAAAUGCUGUUAUACAAGCUAAACAAGAGGUUGCGAUCCAGAGAAUGGUUGGGCAUCAUCCUUUCAUAGUAAAUUCUACUCACAGAUGGCAAGGCAGAAAAACACUGUACAUAUUGACCGACUAUAUUCCUGGUGGAGAAUUAUAUUCACUAGUCGAGGAGUAUGGAUGCUUACCUGAAAAUGUAGUUAGGAUAUAUGUAGCUGAGGUUGCCUUAGCUAUAGAUUUUCUACACAAUGCUGGAAUAACACAUAGAGAUAUAAAGGCAACAAACAUCCUACUGGAUAAGGAUGGCCAUGCUGUAAUUAUUGAUUUUGGCUUUGCCAAAUGGUUGCAACACACAGAAAGGACUAAUACACUUUGCGGAACGCCUGAGUACAUGGCGCCAGAAAUAUUAAGGAAGGAGUAUUAUGGACAGGAAGUCGACUGGUGGUCGCUCGGUGUCUUAGUCUGCUUCUUGCUCACGAAUCAAUAUCCGUCCACCGUGUCGUCAGAGCUUUCGCCUGAUCACGACGAGCCGAAUGAUCUGGACCGUAGGCCACCGGGGACCCUGCCGGCGGACGCGAACAUUUCAGCUGCGGCGAGGGAUCUCCUGAAACGGCUCUUACAACCGGAGCCUCGUCUGAGGCUCCGAACGCUGCUCAGCCUUCAGCGGAUCGCCUUCUACAUGGGCCACGAUCUCCAGAGUUACAUGUUGAAAAAGGAGUCGCCGUUCCAGCUUCUAGGAGUGACUAGUCAACGAGAAGCGCAGCGGCAACGAGUGAAGGAUUCAUUUCCGGAUUUCGAAUCCUUCCCAGAUGGCGAUAUCGUGCGGCCGAGCGAUCAAUGAUCUCUUAUGUUAUUUCUAAUGUUUUCUAAUUACAUGCUUCGAGAUGUAAUAUGUGCGAGAAAAUUAUUUUUGAUAUUCGUAAUGUUUAAAGCGUCACGUAGUCGCCGAUUGUUAUAUUUCACUUGACGAAUUCGAGGUGAAGUCUCGAAGGGAUUACUUAACGUCUGAUCAAUUUCUCGACCCGCUGUUAUUCUCAGGUAACAACGAUGUAAUUAAAUAAUAACACGUUGAAAGCUUC